GACCCGACUAGUCGGGCGCCAAGCGCGGGCCGGAGCGGCCUUCCCGGAGUCCUUUGCGCCGCACCUGGUGACAAAAUGGCUGCCCGAGGGAGACGGGCGGAGCCUCCGGGCCGGGAGGCGCCGGGCCCCGCGGUGGGCAGCGGCGGCGGGAGCCGAUGGGCUGAGUCGGGGCCGGGGACAUCGCCCGAGAGCGGGGACGAGGAGAUGUCGAGCCCGGUGUCGGGCGGCGUGAACUUGUUCGCCAACGACGGCAGCUUCCUCGAACUGUUCAAGCGGAAGAUGGAGGAGGAGCAGCGGCAGCGGCAGGAGGAGCCGCCUCCGGGCCCGCCGCGACCCGACCAGCCAGCGACCGCCGCCGCCGGGGGUCCCGGGGAUCCGAAGAGGAAGGGCGGCCCGGGCCCCACGCUCAGCUUCGUGGGCAAGCGCAGAGGCGGAAACAAACUAGCCCUCAAGACGGGAAUAGUAGCCAAGAAGCAGAAGACGGAGGAUGAGGUAUUAACAAGUAAAGGUGAUGCAUGGGCCAAGUACAUGGCAGAAGUGAAAAAGUACAAAGCCCACCAGUGCGGUGAUGAUGAUAAAACUCGGCCCCUGGUGAAAUGACCCCCUUCCCCCGUCUGCCCACGGCCUGGGACUCUCUGCGAUGUACAUAACUAUUUAAUGCGGCAGCGGCAGCGGCGGCGCGGCGGCAGCCCUUCCCCCCAAGGACUUAAACACAGAAGGAAACCAAGAUGCUUCCCGCAGCCGCGGACGAUCCUCCAGGACUCUUUUUUACCUUGAGCACUUGCCUCCUGAGACUUCAUAGAACAGUGGUUUACUGUCCCCUCUCUUCCCUCCUCCUUGCUCUCUCGGGCUCUUUCUGUCUUCCUUUUCUCGCCCUCCCCUUCCUCCUUCCCUUAGCCAUCACUUCUGGGAAGUAAAGAACUUGACUUAGUGCCGGA